CUCCGAGGGCUGGACCGUCACGCCGGACUACGGGGAGAAGCGGCUGCCGCAGGCGCUCAUCAUCGGCGUCAAGAAGGGGGGCACCCGCGCGCUGCUGGAGGCGCUCCGGGCGCACCCCGACGUCCGCGCCGUGGGCACCGAGCCCCAUUUCUUCGACCGAAACUACGACCAAGGCCUUGAUUGGUACAGGGACCUGAUGCCCAAGACGUUGGAAGGCCAACUCACCAUGGAGAAAACACCCAGCUACUUUGUCACCAACGAAGCCCCAAAGCGCAUCCACUCCAUGGCCAAGGAGACGAAGCUGGUUGUGGUCGUGCGUGACCCCGUCACCCGGGCCAUCUCUGACUACACCCAGACCCUUUCGAAGAAGCCUGAGAUCCCCACCUUCGAGGUGCUGGCCUUCAAGAACCGGACCCUGGGACUGAUUGACGCCUCCUGGAGCGCCAUCCGGAUCGGGAUCUACGCGCUGCACCUGGAGAGCUGGCUCCAGUACUUCCCCCUCUCCCAGAUCCACUUUGUCAGCGGGGAGCGGCUGAUCACGGACCCUGCCGGGGAGAUGGGCAAGGUCCAGGACUUCCUGGGCCUCCAGCGGGUGAUCUCUGAGAAGCACUUCCACUUCAACAAGACCAAGGGCUUCCCUUGCCUCAAGAAGCCCGAGGAGAGCAGCCCUCCCCGCUGCCUCGGCAAGUCCAAGGGCCGCCCUCAUCCCCAAAUCGACCGGGACGUCAUCCUACGGCUGAGGAAGUUUUACAAGCCGUUCAAUGUCAUGUUUUACCAAAUGACAGGCCAAGAUUUCCAGUGGGAGCAGGAGGAGGGGGAAAAGUGACCUCGAGGCAGGCGAGGAGGAGACGUCCCUGAUCCAGAGAUGCUGCCUGAGGUAGGAGAAGGGUCCAGCUCGCCUACUGCCCGGAAACCCAGGACCUCCCUGAUCUGCCACCGUGACCACGGGGAAAUUUGCUCAAGGGACGGAAGUGGCUGCCAGAUUCGUGCCAGGCAAGAGACGGCCCCCUCUCCAUCCCUCGGCGUCUCUAGCCCAGCCGGAGUUGGACAACAGGAGACCAAGGGCUGAGGGUGCUUUCCUGGUGGCCCCCCUCCCACUCUUGGCGGGAGCAAGUCAGGGAGGGAACCGUGGCCAAGGCUUUGGCAAAAGGGGGAAGCCAGGAGGCACAUCCAGUUCAGGACACCCCCCCUCCCGCUGCUCGGCUGCACAAGGAACCGCCUUCCUGCCGGUGGGCCUGGGGAAGAUCAAGCGAAGCCAUUUCACACAUCCUGCACCAUAUGUUCAGAGGUUUAUUUUUGAUAGGGGUUGAACUACUGAGACUGGGACUUGGGCCCCACAGGGCUGGAGGGGAAGGGAAGGGAAGGGAAGGGAGGAGAGGAGGGGCUGGGUCUCCUGGAAAGUGGGCCUGCUCUGUGGGGAAGAAAAACGCCGUGGGGGAAACAACGUGUCCAGGAUCCCAGUCUUCCUCCGAAGCACAAGUCACACUGGCCACUCUGUUUGUUUGCUCGCUCGCUCGCUUGCUUGCUCGUUCUUCGUGUGGUUGUUGCUCCACUUCACAGUCAAGGAGGAGACGGGGAUUUUUCUGGCCUGGAGCCUGACAAGAUCGGGAAGGAGCUCCCCCCACGCACCGUACAAAACGAAGCCGGGACUUGUUUCUUCCCCUUUGUGAAUUGGGGUUGGUGACGCCCUGUAGGCACAAGGGUGCCGCGUCCUCCCCUCAGCCUCCCUGCUUCUCUGCCACAAGAAGACGGCUUCUCUUCCAAAGGAGUCACCCGCUCAGAAAGCUUCCGGUUGAAUUUGGGUUUUUGUCUCCCCUCUUUAAAUGUCAGCAUUCCCGGCACACAGGAGAUUGAAUUUUGUAUUUGGUUUCAAUUAGCAAAGCAUAAAUUAUAUUUAAUUUUCUAUGCACACAGACUGGAUGAGUCACUGUCCUGGAAAGCCAGGGAUAUCAUGGUUCAGCGAAUGACAAUGGGAGAAUUCAUUGGCUUGGAGCGACACAUUGCUAAGCUGCCUCCCCUCCCCUCCCCUCCCC